UUUAGCAUUAUUGUUUUAAAUCAGUUGGAACUGCAGCUGGCUAUAUAAUCGAGAUCGAGUCACCAGAGUCCACACAAGAUGCACGGGCGGUGUGUAAUUGGUUGCCUGCUCUUAGUGUGUUUAGUUCCAACUGCUUUAUGCCGAGGAUUUAUAAACUUGAAGCCCAUUCAUGUUAGCGGGGAUGGAGACGCCACAGAGAGUCCCACUACUCAAGCGCCAUCUGCUCCUUCAGCGCCCUCCAACAGGGACAUCACCAUCGGGCCUUGCAAGUGGGCCAUAGGCCGCAGUUGUCCGGAUCCGGAUGUCAAGUACUAUAUCUACACACGCCAUAAUCCAAUGGACAGGCAGUGCCUGCAUAUUGACGAAUCCCUGGAGAAGUCCAAUCUUACUGCCUCCUACUUCAAUCCCAGAUAUCCCACCAAGAUCAUUAUCCAUGGCUACAACUCGGAUAUGUUUCUGCAUCCCCUGCAGCAAAUGAGAGAUGAAUACCUGGCCAAGGCGGACUAUAAUAUUAUUUAUGUGGACUGGAGUAUCCUGUCACCAGGACCUUGCUAUGUUAGUGCCGUUCACAACACCCGACAUGCGGGCACCUGUACGGCACAGCUGGUGGAACGCUUGGUGGAGACGGGAAACACGGAUAUCCACGUAAUUGGCUUCUCAUUGGGGGCUCAAGUGCCAAAUUAUAUAGCCCGAAAUCUGAGCUCAUUCAUACUGCCAAGGAUCACCGGCUUGGAUCCAGCUAUGCCCCUGUUUAUCACCUCCGGCAUUGCGGAUAAGCUGGACCCUAGCGACGCCAACUACGUGGAUGUGAUUCACACAAACGCUUUGGUCCAGGGAAAAAUGGAAAGAUGUGGCCAUGCCGACUUUUAUAUGAACGGAGGAAUCAUGCAGCCAGGAUGCAGUGGCCAGAAAAUAAAUUCCUUUGCCUGCAGCCAUCAGCGUGCGCCUGCCUAUUUCCUGGAGUCCAUUCGCUCUCCCAAAGGAUUCUGGGGCUGGGCUUGCAGCGGCUACAUCUCCUACCUGCUGGGAAUGUGCCCUCCGACCAAUUUCCUCCUUGAAGCCGGAGACAACAUACGUCCUACUACUCGAGGAAUGUUUAUGAUAGACACCAACGAUAGUUCACCUUUUGCCUUGGGCAAGUGGACCGAUUUACCCACUCUUGGAGCUAAGAAACCGCAUUGGAGAGCUCCUGCGCAGAAGUUGUCAGCGCCACCAAAUCAGGGCGUGGAUCCCCUACUUCAGCACAUCGAUCAGUUUGGCAAGCUGACGGCCAGCUUUAACAACCUGCAGAUGUCUCCCCAAGGGGACCAGGAUCCGUAUGAGCACUGGACCAGUUUCAGUCCCGAGCAGAAGGAGAACGUCGAUGACGACUCUGUGGAGGAGCAGGAUCUGGUUGAGUUCGUCGAUCCCGAUGACCGCCACCUGAGUACGCAGGCACCUUCGGUCAGCUGGUUGGACUACCGGAGGAACCUGACCUAUGGCUUCAUAGAGAAUAACAUAUUUGCUGUGCCCACAUUGGAUUAGCCUGAACCGACGCUUUCCAUGCGAUUUAAACACCUUCCUUGCCCCCAUUCCUUACUAAUAAAUAAGCAUCACCUAAGCUGACAAAAUAAUUAGAAAUUCAGUGCGUUUCAAAU